UCUGCGGCCUCAUCACAGAACCUCAUCUCAGAGACAACCCGCUUUACUUCGUUUUCGUUUCUCAGAGAAUUCCCGCGUCUCGCUUUCUGUUUCUCUCUCUUCUCUUCUCUCACACGUUAGCUAUCUCCCCUCAAGACCCUCCUGAGUUUGUUCCCUUUCGUUCAUCCUCAUCAUCUUACAUAACACGCGUCGAUAUCGCCAUGGUUGAUCUUAUUCCCCAGUUCAGAGUCCCAGCAAUCAUGCCGAGCGCUCGAGGGGCUCCAUCUGAACCGGCAAAUCCGGUGUCUGAAGACAAGAUUUAUGUUAUGGUCGAGAAGGACACGAAAGAGAGCAAAGCAAGGCUUGUUGGACGGUGCAGCAAUCAAAAGGCAACUUCAAGAUAUGUAUCAUUCAUAUUCUAGUUCCUUCACGGACUAUCCCAUUGGGCAAGUGAACGUUUUUUCUUCUGUUUUCUUUGCAUAUUUCCAUCCACCGAUUUAGCUAUCAGUUUUUGCUUCAAGAGUUUUCAUUGAUUGUAAAAAUAAGAACUUGCCAGGCUCGCAUGGAUAUUAUACACGGAUCUUCCAUGAUGGACAAUAGUUGUGCCAUAAAUUAAAAUUCCCUAGGGUUUCGCCAUGUGGGACCAAAUUGGAUAUCCUAUUGCUUUUACCUGUUCUAUUACUGUCGAUCUUCAUUCUUUUUUAGGUGCUCUUUCCUGCAACGAAUUAGAAUAAUUGUGCUGUUAAUUUGCCUUUGGCUCGCAGGAGUCCUAGGUGCUCGAAUCCCCGCAAGCUCAGCGAACGAGAUAGUGUUGAGAGAACACAGAGAAAACGAGAGGAAAAACAUGCAUAUACUCUUGGAGAACUACCAGCUCUUUUGUAGACAAAUGAGGGUACGAACAGAGAAAGAGUAUAUAGAAUCGGACAGCAUUGAAGAGGGAAUCGUGGAGCUUAUUCGUUUGAAUGGGAUCAAAAGGCUUGUAAUGGGUGCGGCAAUGGAUAAGCGCCAUUUCAAGUUUCAGAUUGGUAGGAGGAUGACAGAAAUCAAGUCCAGGAUAGCCAUCUUUGUUCGCGAUAAAGCGCCCAUCUCUUGUCAAAUUUGGUUUAUCUACGAUGGGCAGCUCAUUCACACAAGGGAAGCUCAGACGGUUCAAGCAGUUGUAGAAGUUCCUAGUAAUGUGCCAUUGCUGACGACUUCAAGCCCUAGAGCCGGUAAGUCGAUUCUCUCCAAGUCGCAACCCUCCACACUGCAGAAGAGUGGUACGGCGAAGUUGAGCAAUCCAUUGAAGCAAUUCUGACAACAACGUUCUUUUCAAACCAAUGUGCAGUGAUGCCACCUCCUUCUUCUUCCUUAGAUAGCUCUCGAGUGCAUCCUAAUGCGCAUUAUGGGUAAACUUUAAGAGGACAUAAUUGCAGAGAUUAUAUGCUGAGAAGUUGAAGGAAGAACUUGAGAAGGUGAUGGAAGAACUUCGCAUUGCCCGGGCCCAGAAAUCGCAGCUGAAGGACCAAUUCGUGGAGACCGACCAGAGCAGAAAGGAGUUGGAGCUGAAAAUCAUUGCAAGCGAGGAAAUGUUGCGGGCUUUGAUACAAGAGCGAGAACUGUUGCGGACCGAACCCAAGAAUGCACUCCUAAAGGCCGAGGAGGAGAGCAGAAGAAAAGGAGAUUCCUCCGGCACAAAGUACUUCUCCGAGUUCUCCUUUACCGAAAUUGCAGAAGCUGCGCAGAACUUCGACCCAUCCUUGAAGAUCGGGAAAGGUGGCUACGGGACCGUGUACAGAGGUUUGCUUCGACUUACGCCAGUGGCUAUAAAGAUCAUGAAUGGUCAUAGCACGCGAGGUUCACAAGAUUUUCAACAGGAGAUCAAUGUGUUGAGAGAGGUGAGGCAUCCUAAUCUCAUCACGCUCAUCGGCGCUUGUCCUGAGCCUUGCACUCUUGUUUACGAAUAUAUACCAAACGGUAGCCUCGACCAUUGGCUCCGCGACAGUGACAGGGCGAAGCAGCUGCCAUGGCGAGCCCGAAUAUGCAUCGCCACAGAGCUCUGCUCUGCCCUGGCCUUCCUCCACUCUUGGAAGCCUCACAGCAUCGUCCAUGGGGACGUCAAACCGGGAAACAUCCUACUGGACGCGCACUUCAAGAGCAAGCUCAGCGAUUUCGGCAUGUCCCAAUUGCUGUCCGGGGGCAAGCGAUCGAGCAACAACACCACCGUCGUGCACCUGACCAAGCCGAAAGGGACGAUCGGGUACAUAGAUCCUAAGUUCCUCGUCACGGGAGAGCUCACAACGAGUUCCGACGUAUACUCUUUGGGGAUUGUACUACUUGAGUUGUUGACGAGGAGGCCCGCCUCAGGAAUAGCAAAUGUAGUGCGAAAGGCAAUUAAAGCAGGGACUUUGGCGGCCAUCUUGGAUCCAUCGGCUGGAGAGUGGCCCUAUACGCUGGCCAAGAAGUUUACUCAUUUGGCUUUGAGUUGCUGCGAGAUGAGCAGAAGGAACAGGCCAGAUCUCAAGUCGGAAGUGGGGACGGUGCUCCAAUCGAUCCGAGCUUCCUGUUGAUAAACCAAGACUUCCGAAUACUCGGAAAUUGAGCGAUAUACAUGUUGUGGUUGUGUACUUGAUCUUUAAGUAAAUAGACUUACGGGGUCAUCUGUCGAUGUCAUCCUUGAGUACCGGCUGAUUUGUGUGUAUUCGCAAAUAUAGGUGUCUUGCUAUGUCAUGUAUAUACGUACCUACCAUUGUUCUUAUGAAUAGAUUUUUUUUUCUUGUGCAUUAA